UUAGCCCCCUACUUGCUGGCCCUGGUGAGAAAGGCCUGACGCUGUGAUCUGGUUUAUGUCCGCCUCCAUUUUGGAAUCCGAGGGGUUUUUUCUCUGAUAGUUUUGCCCUGGUCCACAGAGGGAAGCAUUCCUAGCAAGGCUAGAAGGACAUCAGAGUGGGACAAUAUUAGAGUCACAAGGACCUCUUCCAGAGAGAGGGUAGCUUCUUGAAACCCAGCCCAUCGAUGAGGCCUUAGAAACUGCCCCAUCAUGGCCCUCAAAAGGUUCGACUUCUAUAUCGUCACUAUGUGUGGAAGGCAUACGUAGGGCCUGCAUAAAUCCAAAUCAAUCAAAGGGGCUCCCACUGCUGAGAUGGGCAAGUAGGCUUGAGCUCUCGCCACCAACAAGAAUCUUUUUUAAAAAAAAUUAUUUAUUUUCAUUCUAGCUGUUGUGGGACCCCACCCCCGUGCCCCCUCUGGGUCACCCUUCCACAGUUCCUCAUCCCAUUCCUCCCGCCUUGCCUACAAAAGGGAACUCUCUCUCUCUCUCUCUCUCUCUCACACACACACACACACACACACACACCCACACACACACCCACACACACACACACACACACACCCACACCCACACACCCACACACACACACACACACACACACACACACCCACACCCACACACCCACACACACACACACACACACACACACACACACACACACACACACACACAUACACUAGAUAUUCCUCUUCCGUGAAGCCACUUUUCUUAAAUUAACUACUUACUGCAAAGGAAAAAUUAAUUUCUCCCAGGAAGUUUCCCUGAGUAUCCAAACCAGCUCACAUGCCUGGCAGUAGAUGGCCACACAAAACAAGCUUGGAGACCACUCUCUAUAAACUUUCUUUGGCCACUUAUUGGAAAACAAAUUAGAAUGUCCCACAGGCAGAAGCAUGAUCAAGGCCUUGAGGGCCAGCUAGGAGAGGAGGUUCCUGCAGCUAAAGAGGUAUCUGCUGCUGAGGAGUCCCAGGACACCUCCUCAUCCUCUGCUUCCGUCCAAGCCACUGCACCAAGCAAAGCAAGUAAAGUUUCUGGUGAUCAAGCAGCGGGAGGUCAAAGUACCUCAAAGGCCUACCUAUACUCCAAGUUUUUGCUCAACAGUAACCUUCAGAAGAAGGUUACUGAUUUGGUGAAGUUUCUGAGUUUCAAGUAUAUAACAAAUGAGCCUGUCACAGAAGCAGAAAUUCAGAAGCAUGUUGUUAAGGAGUACAAAGGCUACUAUGCAUUGAUCUUCAGGCAUGCCUGUGAAUGCAUGGAAGUGGUCUUUGGCAUUGAGGUAAAGGAAGUGGAUUCCUUGAAUCACACUUACAAGCUCCUGAAAAUCCUUGACCUCACUUAUGAUGGGCGCAUCAGCAAUGAAGAGGGGAUACCGAAGACCGGCCUCCUGGUGCUGAUCCUUGGUGUAAUCUUCAUGGAAGGCAACCGUGCCUCUGAGAAAAAGAUCUGGGAUGUGCUCAGUGUCGUUGGUAUGUAUCCUGACCGGCACGAUUUUAUAUGCGGGGAUCCCAGAAAGUUCAUCACUGAAGAUUUGGUGUUAGAGAAUUACCUGGUGUACCAGCCUAUACCCAACAGUGAUCCUACAAGCUAUGAGUUCCUGUGGGGCCCAAGAGCCCAAGCUGAAACAAGCAAAAUGAAAGUCCUGCAGUUUUUCUCCAAGGUUGCUGGGAGUAGCCCUACUUCCUUCACUGCUUUAUAUAAGGAAGCUCUGAAAGAUGAAGAGGAGAGAGCCCGGGCUCUCCUUGCAUCCACAGCCAUAUCUACUGCUGCGGAUAAUUUGGGUUCUGGGGAGAAGCCCAGCAGUGUCUCCCACCCUGAGUAAAUUAGGCUGGUUUUUCAUACCAUGUUUAAAGAGAGCAAUCAAGCCUUCAAGCACAAGAUAUUUCAGUUUCUUCUUACUUUCUGUACAGUUUCAGAUGUUUCACUUUAAAAUGUUUAUUAGCUUCAGUCUAGACUCAUUCGGUGUAUUACUCAUGCAUGUAUUGCUGUAUUUCAGAAUAAGAGCCUUGUUAUUGUUAAAAACGAAUUGAGAACAUUUUCAGCCUUGAGACCUAGAGGAAGAUCAAAUAGCAUUGUGACUAAGUUUUUCUUAGAAAUUGGAAUCUUGUUAAAUAGUAUCUGUAACUGCAAGAAAGAUGUAAAAAAAAACUUGGUUGAUGCUGGAAUUCCUGUAUUCUGUUAAUCUGCAUUGUAAAACUAAAGAUGUACACCUCACACACUUGGUUUAGUCAAGACUGCAUUAGAAAUUAAAGCUUAAUAAACUGUACUGACUUGUUUUCUCAGCAAAAA